AUGCAUCUUCUGGAGCUCCGCUCUGCUGGUGUUGCCGCCGCUUCUGCUAAUGCAUCUGUUCUAGCGGAUUCAUCGCGUGGCACGGAGUCUCCAGCCCCGGCGGGCUCAGCUGCGCAGGCUGCAGAGAGUGCGUCUUCGGCCGACCCAGGAGGCUCUGCUGAAGCUCGUGUCGGCGUGUGCACUCCGCCGACGACGAUUGCACCUUCUUCCAAUGAGUCCCAGAUCGAGGAAGAGGGGGCGCCGGCGGCGGUGGAGCGGGAGCCUUCUGCAGCUUCUGCUCCUUCUGCACCUUCUGCUGCACCUGCGCCGCCGUUUGAUGAUGCUGCUGGGGGCUGGCCCUUUGAGAAGCUGGCGGACAUCCGUGCCAGUGAGCAGCUGCCGUUUGGGUGGACAAAAGUCAAGCUGGAGGAUGAUCGGAUGUAUUACUUCAACUCCAAGGCCAAAGUCUGCUGCUGGCACAUGCCUCAAGUGAUGUCUGUGCCCGAUGCGGAGCCUCUGCCGGAAGGGUUUGAACCCUGGGAGCUGUGGGAUGUCUGGGGAAGCAACAGAUCGCAGCGUGUGUGGUUCAAUCCUUCUUCUGGCUCUGUGGCGAACUUCGAGGUCUUCAAGCAGUACUACGAGACCAAGAAGCCGAAAUGGAGAGGGCCCGUGAGGAGCGGCGACGGCUCGAGCAGGCGGAACGUGAUGAAGCGGCCGCUGAAGCUCUUUCUAAGAGGCGGAGGCGGAAGAGGUAAGAGCUAG